AUGGAUGGGAAGAAUCAGCACCCAAAGAAAGGUGUAUUGGCACAGGGAGUGGGACUGGAGAACACAAAUAGGUGGAAUCCGACUAAGGAGCAAAUAACUAUGCUGGAAAAUCUGUAUGAGCAAGGGGUGAGGACUCCGAGUGCGGAGUUCAUACAGGCCGUGACGGCGAGGCUGAGAGCUUACGGGCAUAUUGAGGGUAAGAAUGUGUUUUAUUGGUUUCAGAAUCAUAAGGCGAGGCAGAGACAGAAAGAGAAGCAGGAGGCUAGCUUAGCUUAUUUCAACCGCUUUCUCCACACGGCGGCGGCCUCUCAAUACCCGUUAUUUACUCCUCAUCCCGAAUAUCCUUGCGCAAAUGUGGCCUGCAGCCCCUAUUAUGUGCCGCCAGUUCCAAGUGAAGUAGGGGUUUAUCCACAAUCUCAUCAAAAGGUGCCUCCACAAUCUGUUGGGGCCAAGAGAAGACCAAGAAUAGAGAAACUGGAUGUGCCAACAAGAACUUGCCUUAACGGUGGUGGAGGGUAUGAGCCAAUGCGCCAUGGAUAUGGCAGAGGGAACCGCUGCAGUACUGUUGAUGUCAAUGACGUAAACACUGACAUAAUACGCAACUCUGAUGAUCCAGAGACAUUGCUACUGUUUCCUUUGACACCCACAUGCCUCCUACAAGACAGAGAUGAAAGUCCUUCUAGUUCAUCUGCUAACUGUGCUCGAAGUUCGACUGCUUCCAUUAGCUCUUCUGGGAUCUUCGAGGGUCAUGGGUACCAGCCAGGUUUCUACGAUUUUUUCAGUGGAGGACAAGGCAGCUGUGACAGAUUGAACUGA